CCUGGAAGUCGCUUUUCGUAUGAGUUGCGUACCUUUCUCGUGGACACCGUUGAACUCUACACUGAUAGAGCUUCCUCAAAGGGCAUGGUAUGGUGAUCCUGCUAACAAUGUAGGUGGCCUUGAAAGUUGGUUUCUACACUCACCGGUACUUCUACCUCACCCACCGUUGAAGUCCGUCUCGUUUAAAGACAACCUCAUUUACUCCCGGCGAACGCCAUAUCAGAUAGCAACCAAGGACUCAGGCGAUUUAGCUAGGAACAAUGUUACUUGGUUUCGGCACCCUCAGUGCGGCCUUUGGUGCCCUCAUCGUCUCGACCCUAGCCACAACGACGCCUUACUACUCUUCUGAUGGCUACUUCGACUGGACACUUGUGAAGCCUUCUGCAGAGCUGGAAUACGUCCAAUGCUACGAAUUCUUCGAGUGCGCCAGGUUGGAGGUACCUCUUGACUGGACCAAUCUGUCCAACCCCAAUCGUGCCUCAAUUGCAAUUGCACGCCUCCCCGCCGCCGUCGAUGUAACAGACGCGUCGUUCGGCGGCACAAUCGUAAUCAAUCCUGGUGGCCCGGGUGGAUCUGGCAUUGACAUUCUUUUGCGUUCAGCCAAAUCACUCCAGAGCGUGGUCGACUCCCACAAGCAUUUCGAGAUCCUGUCGUUCGAUCCUCGAGGCAUGAAAUUCUCGACGCCCUCAACGGCAUGCUUUGCAGAUGAUCUUUAUCGGACAGUUGUUGAGACGCUCGCUCUGGAUGUCGGCGAUAUUAUCUCGGAUCCUCAAGCCCUGAAUGUUAAAUGGAACAUCGACAGAGGACUGGGCCAACUGUGCACUUCAGCUCAGAACGGUGACUUUGGCGACGGAACCAACAUCCAUCAAUUCGUCAGCACUGCUCUCGUGGCUCACGACAUGGUGGAAAUCAUCGACCAGGUCGAUGCUCAUCUGUCAAAGCAGCUAAGUUCCACAAAAAUGUCUGCAUCGGACAUCCAUCAGAUUCCUCUUGGAAACGACCACAGCCCCGUCCCACUGCUCAAUUACUGGGGCUUGAGUUAUGGGACGUACCUCGGAAAUACCUUUGCGUCCAUGUUCCCCGAGCGCAUCGGCCGAAUAGUACUGGACGGCGUUGUCGAUGCAGACGAUUAUGCGGCCACAGGAUGGACGACCAACUUACAGAACAACAACCAAACAUGGACAAAGUUCUUCCAAUACUGCUUCGAGGCAGGUCCUAGGUGCGCUCUCUUCGACGUCACCACCACAAGCCACGUCGACAUUCAAAGCAGGGUCGAAGAGUUUUUAUUUGGAUUAAUAGAUGACCCCCUGCCUCUCUUAGUGAAUGGAAACUUAGCCAUGAUCACCUAUCACCAACUCAGAGCCGGCAUCCACGUGGCUUUGUACUUUCCGAACGAGUAUUGGCCAUUGUUGGCAGUCAGUCUCCGUUUGUUGCUCGAGGGAGACGCACAAGGAUUUUUUACUCUUGUUGAGUCCGCAGCAGACAUGUUCCGCAAUACAAAUGGCUCAUCUGGCGAUGGCGAGUUCACGCCCUCCGCUGCUACGCCUCUGGGUUUCGAUCAUAACCCAUUGCCCGGACACCAACAGAUGAUGGGCCAGAUGUCCGAGUCAUCCGAACCAUACGUACCAGGAUACCCGUGGCAACUCGAAGCGGGCAUCUCUGUCUUGUGCGGCGACGGCGACGGAGACGACCUCACUUCAUGGACCAAGGAAAAGUUUCUUACAGAACGUGUCAACUUGCUAGAAUCUCAAUCACCCAUAAUCGGACCUCUCUGGGCCGAGAUCCCAAUGUACUGCGUCCAUUGGCCCGAGUCGGUUCGACCGGCGUCGAGAAAUCGGUUCACGGGCCCAUUCGGUUCGAACCUAAGUGACUAUGACGAGCGAGCGAGUCCGUUGCUCUUCGUUGGCAAUACUGCCGACCCCGUCACUCCCGUGGGUAACGCCGUCAAGAUGUCCGAAAAGCACCAAGGAAGUGUGGUCUUGACGCAAGACACCCCGGGACAUUGUUGUGGCACUGGGAACGCCGGCGUGUGCGCACACGGGAUCCUGAAACGGUUUUUUGCAAACGGUACAUUGCCACCGCCCGGUGUGGUCUGCAAAGAUGUCAAGAGUCCUUGGGGUGUCGAUUCUUGAAGACACGGGCAAUGUUCAUUACGGAGCAAAAAACUUGAUGGUUACUCGAACCCUUCUCUGAGACUAGCCACCUAACGUAGACUCCUUCGGACGUAACCUAUCAAAAUGUACAUGAUGACAUUUAUUUCAAAGUGUAAUCAGCAUUUUUGGUGACUUACUU